UUAAAACCCCACACUCAACAGUCACAGACGCUUCCUCCCUCCUAAAACCCUAAACCUCAUUACCCUCUCUCUCUCUCUCUCUCUCUCUCUGUCUGCGCUACCAAAAGCCAUGUCUUCCCUCCCUCCUUCCUCAGACAAGAAGAAGAAAAAGCACAAACCCAUCGCCACAGACGAACCAGAAGAACACCCGUCAUCCACUCUCGUCCCCUCCGAACCAUCCUCAGCCGUCGAUCAGCAGCAGCAAGACUACUUGAUCAAACCCCAGUCCUUCACUCCAUCCCUGGACACCUCUCAAUGGCCCAUCCUCCUCAAGAACUACGAUCGCCUCAACGUCCGCACCGGCCACUACACCCCUCUUCCCAAUGGCUUCUCCCCCCUCAAGCGUCCCCUUGCCGAAUACAUCCGCUAUGGUAUCCUCAACCUCGACAAACCCUCCAACCCUUCCUCCCAUGAGGUUGUUGCCUGGAUCAAACGCAUCCUCCGCGUCGAUAAGACGGGCCACAGCGGCACCCUCGAUCCCAAAGUCACUGGCAAUCUCAUCGUCUGCAUCGACCGCGCCACCCGUCUUGUCAAAUCCCAGCAGGGUGCUGGUAAAGAGUACGUCUGUGUCGCCCGCCUCCACUCUUCUGUUCCUGAAGUUGCCAAAGUCGCCCGUGCGCUGGAGACCCUCACUGGCGCUGUCUUCCAGCGGCCCCCGCUCAUAUCUGCUGUCAAGCGGCAGCUCCGGAUAAGGACCAUCUACGAGAGCAAGCUGUUGGAGUAUGAUGCAGAUAAGCAUUUGGUCGUUUUCUGGAUCUCGUGUGAGGCAGGCACCUACGUGCGGACGCUCUGUGUCCACCUGGGCCUGAUCUUGGGUGUUGGUGGUCAUAUGCAGGAGCUGCGGCGGGUCCGGUCUGGGAUACUGGGUGAGAAGGAUAACAUGGUGACAAUGCAUGAUGUGAUGGAUGCACAGUGGCUUUAUGAUAAUCACAGAGAUGAGAGCUAUUUGAGGCGGGCGAUAAUGCCGCUUGAAGUCCUGCUGACGAGCUAUAAGAGAUUGGUGGUGAAGGAUUCGGCUGUGAAUGCCAUCUGUUACGGGGCGAAGCUGAUGAUUCCAGGACUGUUGAGGUUUGAGAAUGAUAUCGAGAAUGGGGAGGAGGUGGUGUUGAUGACGACCAAGGGGGAGGCGAUUGCUCUGGGCAUCGCGGAGAUGACAACAGCAGUGAUGGCGACUUGCGAUCAUGGGGUCGUGGCCAAGAUCAAGAGGGUGGUGAUGGAUCGGGACACAUACCCGAGGAAGUGGGGGUUGGGCCCACGGGCUUCGAUGAAGAAGAAGAUGAUUACAGAGGGGCUACUGGAUAAGCAUGGGAAGCCAAAUGAGAAGACGCCGGCGGAGUGGUCAAGGAAUGUGGUUCUCCCGACAGGAGGGGAUUCAAUGAUUGCUAGCCUUGCGGCUACAGCGGUGCCAGUUGCGGUGGAGGAGGACGGGCCGAUGGUUGUUGAAGAGAAAGGAGAGAAGAAAAAGAAGAAGGACAAGGAUGGGGGAGAUGACGAGGGGCGGAAGCGUAAAUUGGAGGACAGCAGCAAUAGUCCUGUUGGGGUGGCAACUAAGAAGGUUAAGAUUGAGGAAGUUGAGAAAGUUGUGGAGAAGGAAGAGAAGAAGGAGAAGGUGAAGAAAGUGAAGGUUGAUGUUGAGGUGAAUGGGGCUGAGGAGGAUGGGAAGAAGAAAAAGAAGAAGAAGGACAAGGAAAAGGAUGAAUCGGGAUUGUCUGAUGAGGAAAAAGUAAAGAAGGAAAAGGUGAAGAAGAAAGAUAAGGGGGAGAAGGACAAGGCCGACUUAGGGCCAUCUGAUGAGGAGAAGGGUGAGAAGGAAAAGAAGAAGAAGAAGAAGGAGAAGAAGAGCAAAGAGGUCGAGGAUGGGAAAGAUGAAGAGGUAGAUAGAAGUGAGAAGAAGAAGAAAAAAGAGAAGAAAAAGAAGCAUAAAGAUGGGGAAGAACAAGAGUAGAUACAAUACAUGGGAUUCGGACUUAAUGUUUGAUGAAGAGAAUGCUCGAAUGAAUGAUUUCAAGUAACAUCCGAUCUUCUCUUCCUUUGGUAUUCGCGGCUUCUGUAACCUUUGCUAUGUUUUCUGCUGAGCUAUUUUUCAUUUUAGCUCUGCUUGAUAGACUCUUUUUUUUUUUUCCUUUAAUUAAAAUUUCUGAAUUAUGAGCUUA